AGUAACAAAGAUUUCGACAACACUCUUUAAAGAAUGAUACAAGAACAGGCAUGCAACAGCCAAUUUAAUCUGUACUGUUAUCAGUACUCUAGAGAUACUUAUCAUGCUGCAAAAGAGCCAGUGGAGGAUACGGAUCCAAGCACUCUUUCCUUAACAAUGACUGAAAAAUAUCCUGUCCAAGACACAGGAGUACCUAAAGAUGAGGAAUACCUAAGAGAUCAAGUUACUUUGGAAAUUGCAUCUGUGAACAUCAAGACCCUUACGUCAGAUUCUGGCCUAAUACAACAGCCAGAAGACAAAGACACACAAAAUCAUACUGAUGAAUCGGUUUCAGAUCUCAAGAAAACCUGCAAGGAAAAUGUCACCUGCUCCUUGUGCUUAUUCCGUGCACCAACCAUCAGUGACAUGCUCAAUGAUGAAGACUUGUUGUACACAGUGAGGUUAAAGCUGGAUCCCUGCCAUCCAACAGUGAAAAACUGGAGAAAUUUAGCAAGCAAGUGGGGGAUGACUUAUGAUGAAUUGUGUUUCCUUGAACAAAAGCCCCAAAGUCCCACUUUGGAAUUCUUGCUACGGAAUAGUGACCGGACUGUGGAGCAGCUGAUUGAUCUCUGUAAAUUUUAUAAGAGAAUUGAUGUUGUGAAAGUGCUGCUGAAAUGGGUGGAGGAGGAAUGGCCCAAGAGGGGGAGCAGAACUUACCAGAAUGACUUCUAGGUCAAAGAAAGUUGUUAGUCUGUACAUGUUAAAUGCUAGCUACCACUAAUACAUUGGAAGUUUCCCUUGCAAGAGAGAAAACCUGUACUGAGAGUUUGUAUACUGUGUAAGCUUUAUCUAUACACAAGCUAGGAAAACAGCUGUUUUCCUUCUCGCCAGUCAUCUUGGAAUUACUGAACUAUCAAUUAGUUGUUCUGUCCUUAUAU